AUGGAUCAUGCUCCCAAAAAGGAAGAUCCCUCCACCACCUUUGGAUCCAUUGGCACUAUUGACGCAAAACAACACCCACAUGACCGAGAUGACACCGAUCAGGCCUCUCUUCUUUCUACAAAGACACGUCGAUGGCUCGUUUUGCGGCGUAUCACCUACAUCGUCAUUGUGAAUGCUGUUACACCUAUCCUCUUGUACUAUGCAUUAAAACCAUAUCUGCCAACUGUGUGGGCUCUUGUUCUCUCAAGUACACCUACGCUCGUAUCCGUCCUGAUUCAAGGGGUUGUCCUGAGACACAUUGACACUAUUGGCGUUGCAUCUAUAUGCGGAUUCUCAAUUUCCAUCAUACUUGCCGUUGUCAAUGGUGAUCCAAAGCUUAUGAUGAUGCGAGAAACUGCCGGUGUUGGUGCUGCAUGUGGAUUUUCACUGAUCCCGAUCCGUGUUGGUAGCUUUGUACUUAAACCUGUUAUGUAUUAUCUUGGGAAGGAUCUUAUACCAUUGAAGCCUAUCAACAAUCAACAUCGCAUCGCCUACUAUUGGGAGCACUCACGUUAUUGUCGUUUCCAUAUUCGACUCCUCACUGCUGUCGACAUUGUGCUUUUGGAACUUGAAUUUGGGCUCAAGUUGUAUUAUAUCUUUAAAUUUGAUAUUGAUACGGUCGUCAUUGCUAGCAGCAUCACAUGGGGCUUGACAGGUGCUCUCAUAUCGGCAUUUACCAUUUCAUACGCUGUUCACAUUCUUCGGCGUCUCAAGCAAGAUGAACCCAAGAUGAUGAUGAUGGUGCAAGAACACCAGUAG